CUGGUCGUGGACCGACGUGCGCAUGGCGGCAGCCGGCAGGGCCUCGCACGCCGCUGCCCGCCAUGCAUGCACCGCACCCGUCCGCCCGUCUGCCACCACCCUCAGCUCGCCUGUCCUUAUCCCCGGCCGUUCCGUUCCUCAGUCUACAGAAGCACAACUCGGCUUCGUCAAGCGAGCGACUACUCCAUGCAUCUCCCUCCAUCCAUAUUCGAUCCCUCAGCUCAUCCACGCAGCACUCUCAUUCAGAGUAAGGCUACUGCAGGCAGCAGGGAUCAGGUGUGAUCGAUCGGUCGAGGGAAAUUAAGGUACGAUGGAUCAGUUGGUGAACGCGGUGAUGGACCUGGUGGUGCCGCCGGCGAGCAUGGUGAUGCUGGCGUUCGCGUGGCCGACGCUGUCGUUCCUGCGCGGCGUCGAGUGGGCGCUCAAGACCCUCACCAAGGAGGACAUGCUGGGAAAGGUCGUCGUCAUCACCGGCGCAUCCUCCGCCAUCGGCGAGCAAAUCGCGUACGAGUACGCGCGGCGGAACGCGAACCUGGUGCUGGUGGCGCGGCGGGAGCAGCGGCUGUUCGGGAUCCGCGACAACGCGCGGCAGCUGGGCGCCGGCCAGGUCCUCGUCAUCGCCGCCGACGUCGUCAAGGAAGAGGACUGCCGGAGGCUCGUCGCCGACACCGUCAGCUACUUCGGGCAGCUGAACCAUCUGGUGAACACCGUGAGCUUGAGCCACGACUUCAGCUUCGAGGAGGCCGGCGACACCACGGCCUUCCCUCACCUCAUGGACAUCAACUUCUGGGGCAACGUGUACCCGACCUACGCCGCGCUGCCCUACCUCCGGCGAAGCCACGGCCGCGUCGUCGUCAACGCGUCCGUCGAGAGCUGGCUGCCCAUGCCCAGGAUGAGCCUCUACUCUGCGGCGAAGGCGGCAGUGGUGGACUUCUACGAGACGCUCCGGUACGAGGUGAAGGAUGAGGUGGGCGUGACCGUGGCGACGCACGGCUGGGUCGGCGGCGACGCCGGCGGCGGCAAGUUCACGCUGGACCACCAUCAUCAGGAAGGCGCGGCGGAGGUGCAGCAGUGGAAGCAGGAAGAGCGCGAGGCGGCGGCGGCGGCGGCGCUGCCGGGGGGAGCGCACGUGGAGGCGUACGCGCGGGCGCUGGUGGCCGGCGCCUGCCGCGGCGACGCCUACGUGAAGCGCCCCAGCUGGUACGACGUCUUCCUCGUCUUCCGCGUCUUCGCGCCCGACGUCCUCGCAUGGACCUUCCGCCUCCUGCUGUCGUCGUCCACGCCCGUCGCCGCCGCCGCCGCCGGCCCGACCACGACCACGACCACGAGCGCGAUCACCGCACGUCGUCCCCCUCCUGCCGCGCUGCCGGCGCCGCCGGUCCGCCCGCUGCUCGAGUACACGCCGCCGCCACCGGCGUCCCGGAGGCCCUCGUCCCAGAUGCAGAAACUGGAAUGAGCUAGGCUGCAUGCGUGUGGUGUGCACGCGAUCGAGACAGAGCUUUCAUCUCUGGUGUUCUGUGAUGAUCGAUGCGAUGCGACGAGUGAUGUGUGCUAGUGGGCAGUGGCAAUGCCAUUGCAUUUGUAUGUCGACACGACACAUGUCCUUGUACCAAACUAUGAACUGAUUUUGGCGGGUGUGUUUAAAUAAGGAGAUUACGUGGUA